AAAUCUUCCGGCUGAGAGGGCUGAAAAUUUUGAUGUACGACUGGGUUCUAGUUUAAAUUUUUAAUAAAACGUUUCCAGUGUGUAUAAAUACUAUUUACGAACUCGUACGAAAAGCGCGUAAUUAUGGCAUUGAGACUAAUUAACGCACAGGCACAGGUGUGCAAACUGGGCAAGAAUGUGGCGGAUCCCAUGGUGCGUCAGUUCCAUGCUUCCUGCUAUACGGCUUCCAAGGUGGCGCUGUCCAAGUUCGACUCGGACGUCUAUAUGCCCUACGAGAAGCUGAACCAGCGUCUCGAGGUAGUGCGCAGCCGUUUGAAUCGCCCAUUGACUCUGUCCGAGAAGGUGUUAUAUUCUCACUUGGAUGAUCCCGCCAAUCAGGAUAUUGAGCGUGGCACUUCAUAUCUCCGCUUGCGCCCGGAUCGCGUAGCCAUGCAGGAUGCCACAGCUCAGAUGGCGCUCUUGCAGUUCAUUUCCUCCGGCCUGAAGAAGGUAGCAGUGCCCUCCACCGUGCACUGCGAUCACUUGAUUGAGGCACAAAUCGGUGGCGCCAAGGAUUUGGCGCGUGCCAAGGAUCUGAACCGCGAGGUCUAUGAUUUCUUGGCCUCCACCUGCGCCAAAUAUGGCCUGGGCUUCUGGAAGCCAGGCAGCGGUAUUAUCCAUCAGAUUAUUCUAGAGAACUACGCCUUCCCUGGUCUGCUCAUGAUCGGUACCGAUUCGCACACGCCCAAUGGAGGCGGUUUGGGCGGUCUAUGCAUUGGCGUUGGUGGCGCUGAUGCCGUAGAUGUCAUGGCCAACAUUCCCUGGGAGCUUAAGUGCCCAAAGGUAAUUGGUGUCAACCUCACUGGCAAGAUUAGUGGCUGGACUUCCCCCAAAGAUGUGAUUUUGAAGGUGGCUGACAUUUUGACUGUCAAGGGCGGCACUGGCGCCAUCAUUGAGUAUCAUGGCAAGGGUGUGGAUUCUAUUUCCUGCACUGGCAUGGCCACCAUUUGCAACAUGGGUGCUGAGAUUGGUGCUACCACAUCGUUGUUCCCCUUCAACCAGCGCAUGGCCGACUAUUUGAAGUCCACUGGACGCAGCGGCAUUGCUGCUGAGGCCCAGAAAUACCAGGGCAAGGUACUGUCUCCGGAUAAGAACUGUGAAUAUGAUGAACUUAUCGAAAUCAAUCUGGAUACUCUGGAGCCCCAUGUCAAUGGUCCUUUCACACCCGAUCUGGGCCAUCCCAUUAGCAAGCUCGGUGAGAACUCCAAGAAGAACGGUUACCCCAUGGAUAUUCGCGUUGGUCUGAUUGGCUCCUGCACCAAUUCAUCGUAUGAGGAUAUGGGUCGCUGUGCCAGCAUUGCCAACGAUGCCAUGAGCCAUGGACUCAAGUCCAAGAUUCCUUUCAAUGUGACUCCCGGCUCUGAGCAGAUUCGUGCUACUAUUGAGCGCGAUGGCAUCUCUGAGGUGUUUGACAAGUUUGGCGGCACUGUGCUGGCCAACGCUUGCGGUCCCUGCAUUGGUCAAUGGGAUCGUAAGGAUGUGAAGAAGGGAGACAAGAACACCAUCGUUACCUCCUACAAUCGCAACUUCACCGGACGCAAUGAUGCCAAUCCUGCUACUCAUUGCUUUGUUACCAGCCCCGAGAUGGUUACUGCUUUGUCCAUUGCUGGCCGCCUGGACUUCAAUCCGUUGACGGAUGAGCUGACUGGCGCUGAUGGCAAGAAGUUUAAGCUGAAGGCUCCCUUCGGUGACGAAUUGCCCGCACGUGGAUUUGAUCCUGGCCAGGAUACCUACACUGCACCACCACCUACUGGCGACAAAGUCAAGGUUGCAGUGGAUCCAAAGUCAACUCGUCUGCAGCUGCUGGAACCUUUCGACAGUUGGUCCGGCAAGGAUCUGACCGACAUGACCGUGCUCAUCAAGGUCAAGGGCAAGUGCACCACUGAUCACAUCUCAGCUGCUGGUCCCUGGUUGAAGUAUCGCGGCCACUUGGACAACAUCUCCAACAACAUGUUCAUUGGAGCCACCAAUUACGAAAACAACGAGAUGAACAACAUUAAAAACCAGAGCACCGGCAAAUGGGGCAAUGUACCCGAGGUUGCCCGCGACUACAAAUCCAAGAACAUUAUGUGGGUCGCUGUGGGUGAUGAAAACUACGGUGAGGGCUCAUCUCGCGAGCAUGCCGCGUUGGAACCACGCCAUCUUGGUGGCCGUGCCAUCAUUGUCAAGUCCUUUGCUCGCAUUCAUGAGACCAACUUGAAGAAGCAGGGUCUGUUGCCUCUGACCUUUGCCAACCCCGCUGACUACGAUAAGAUUCAACCCACGAGCAAAAUUUCACUGUUGAACUUGAAGAGCUUGGCGCCUGGCACACAGGUGGAAUGUGAGGUCAAGAAUGGUGACAAGGUGGACAAGAUCAAGCUUAACCAUACGCUCAAUGAUCUGCAGAUUGGCUGGUUCAAGGCUGGCAGCGCUCUCAACCGCAUGAAGGAGUUGGCUCAAUAAGUUACUUACAACUCGCUUGAGUUGCCUCCCCCUCCUUAAACAUAUUUACACACAUAAACUCACACACAAACACACACACACACAAAUCAGUUAAAAUGAUACUUAUUUUAAUCGACCUAAAAAACGCAAGCAAUCAAUUUAUGGUAUUGUUAUUUAAUUUUUGUUUAAAAGCAAAUUAUUUUAUUCUUUUUUAAAUGAUUUAUAUUCAGUGUCAAAGUGCUAAUAGUAAAUUAUGUAAGCGCAAGUUGUGAAACAGUCUUAUAUACAAUUAUACAUAUGUACAUUAUUUUAAUUGCUGCACUUUAGUUGUUUUUAUUGGUUUACCAUCGAAUUCGUUUGCGUAACAUGCGAAUAAAUUUUAUUAUAAUAUACGACAUGUAUAAAUAAAACCAAAUAAUCUUUUUAA